GGCACACCGGUCGCGCGCGCUAAUCGUUAAACUCGCAUAGUCGCAUGCACCCGCGUGAUCGUCCGUCGUUGCAGUCGUCGUCGUCGUCGUCAUCAUCAACGCGCAACCGGCUCUAAAACAACAACAACAACAACAACAACGACAAACGGCUAUAGGAGAGGAAAACGUGCAGAGUGUAAUAAUAAUAAUAAUAAUAAUAAAUAUCAUCAACAUCGUAUUAUCAUUUAUUAUUACUAUAAAUGCUAUAUAAAUUAUAAAUUGAUAUUAUACCGCCGGACGGUCGCGAGUUACUCGUCGGAGCACGCGGACACUCGCGUUACGCACACGUGUUAACCCUGACCGCGCUCAACAGAACGACACCGUCGUCGCAGCAGCAGCAGCCGUCUCAGUUGCCCAACGAUCACGACUCGCGCAAUUCGUAGAGUUCCCAACGUUAAUAAUAUAAUAUAAUAAUAUUAUUAUUAGAAAUUUCCAUUUCUUUUUUUUCAAAUAAAUUUUCGUUUUCCGUCGUUUUUGCGGCACAAAUAAAAACAAACGAACGGGCGCGAUGCAAUUUUUGACCGGUACAUCGCAGACGAGUGCCGGCGGCGGCGGUAUGUUCGGCGGCGCCGAUGGCGCGGAGCUGUACGCGGCCACGGCGUCGGCGCCUGACCAUUACUUUUGCCAGCGAAUGUUGUACGCGAUGCAGUUCGAUUCGGUGGCCGCGGCCGGCGCCGGUAUGUGUUCGCCGCUGUUACCGUCGUCGUUGUCGUCGCCGCCGUCACCGCCGUCGUCGUCGUCGUCGUCGUCGUCGCCGUUAUCGUCGUCAUCGCCGUCGUCGUUAUCGUCGUCGUCCUCGUCGUCGUUGUCGUCGUCGCCGUUAUCGUUGUCGUCGCCGUUAUCGUUGUCGUUGACGCCGUCGAUUGGCGGUCGUUGCUUCACGACAACCGCCGCCGCCGGGGACGUGAAAAUGAUGGACGCGUGCCCGGCGUCACCGGCCAACGAUCAUCAUCACCAUCUACAUCAUCACCAUCUUCAGCUGCAGCAACAGCACGCGGUCGAGAACAGGAAACGUCCGUUACAGGAUACGUUAGACGGCGCUAACGUCAAGAGAACGCACAGUUCGUCCGUCGCAGGAAAUUCAGAUGGAAUGUAUCACAUGAAAAUUUUAAUUCCUUGUAUAACUGCUGGUGCCAUAAUUGGUAAAGGCGGGGAAACAAUUGCACAGCUACAAACAGAGACCAAUACAAAGAUAAAAAUGUCGAAAACAAAUGAUUUCUAUCCUGGCACGACCGAAAGAGUUUGCAUAAUAUCUGGAUCAAGUUCUGAACAUAUAAUGGCUGCACUUACAUUUAUUAUGGAACGAAUCCGGGAAAAACCAGAUGCGUCAAAUAGGGUCCAAAAUUCUGGUGAUGCGGUUGCAGAUCGUGAAAAACAGGUGAAAAUCCUGAUACCCAACUCGACAGCUGGUAUGAUCAUCGGUAAAGCCGGAGCGUACAUCAAACAGUUGAAGGAAGACAGCGGGUGUUUUGUGCAGAUAUCGCAAAAAGCGAAGGACACUACACUCCAAGAACGGUGCAUUACCGUGUCAGGUAACACGGAAGGAAACAAAAAAGUGUGCUUGUGCAUAUUAAACAAAAUAAUCGAAGACCCGUUGAGCGCGUCCUGUCCGAAUUUAAGUUACGCCGACGUCAAUGGCCCUGUGGCGAAUUUCAAUCCGACGGGAUCGCCGUACGCCCUGGCCACCACCAAUUGCUCCAACAACCAGACCAGCUACAACUUAAAUGCCACGUCGUUAUCCACACAGGAUGUCAGUAAUGGUAUAUUCACGAACAAAUUCUUAGACAACGUAAAGCCGUUAUUGAGGUCCAGUGGAUAUCCAGAAUCCGCAGUCAACGAAAUAGCCGUCGCCUUUUUGACGUUAGCCAAGCACAAUGUACUUAGCCCGAAUAGUAUAAUCGGCCUGAUCAACCAGACCAGCAUCCUGCAACCGGCCCCGUCAGUGGCACACCACAACGGCACAGGGCUCCUGAGCACUGUGACCAACGACCUGUUCGAUCUGGGCCUGGCCGGCGGCGCCAUAUCCAUCAACGCGAUCCUGUCGCAGAACGCGGCCAGCCCGACGCUGUCCAACGCCAACUCAUAUGGGCUGGGCGUGGCGGCGGCAGCGGCGGCCGCCGCCGCAGCCGCGUCGACGCCCAAGGCGAUGGGGCCGACGACGAACGCAGCGGCGGCAGCUGCUGCGGCUGCCGCGGCCGCCCUGUACGAGAUGACCGCCGACGACCAGCAAUCCGUCAAGCGGGAGAUGGACGUGCCCGAGUCGAUCGUGGGCGCCAUCAUCGGCCCCGGCGGCCGGUCACUGGUCGAGAUCCAGCAGAUGAGCGGCGUCACCAUCCACAUAUCCAAGAAGGGCGUGUACGCGCCGGGCACCACCAACCGGAAGGUGACCAUAUGCGGAUCGGCCAGCGGCAUAGCGAUGGCCAAUUACCUCAUGCAGCAGAGGAUCGUCGACGAGGAGACCAAGCGGGCCCGCGCGUUCUGAGUCCGUUUUGUUCUAUAACAUAUUCUAUAAUAUAGUCUAAGUAUUACGAUAACUCGCCUUCUACGUAAUUUUCAUAUUCAUAUAAUUAUUAUUCAUUUUAUUUUUAUUAUUAUUAUUAUUAUUAUUUGUACUGUGGCUUCUUCCUCGACCCAUCCACAACACCCAUCCAUUACUACCCCUUACCACCCUUAACUGACAUCACCCCUCACCGAGUGUUGUGUGUGUGUGUAUGUGUGUACAUUAUAAUAAUAUAUCAGAUGAAACGGGCGGACGUCAUCCGACGACGACGAUUUUUUUUUGUGGGCGAGGUUUUUUUUUUUCGGUCGUUAUUAUUAUUAUUAUUAUAUUUGUUUAAAUUUUAAAUUUUAAAUCAUCAACGCAAACAGUCCGAGGGCCGAGAUUCGCGUGGACGUCGAAAUUGGCGACGGGAUUUACUUACCACGGUAAUUUAUAUUGAUUCAUACAAAGGUAUAAUAUUAUUAUAUAUACAUUCAUUGUUCAUGUGUGCCUUAUAAAAAAACAUUAUAUUAUCCCAUCAUACACUAUGCCUAUAAUAUAGUACGUAGGUACAACGACCUUUGAAUGCUUUGUUUUUCCAUAGUACCUAAUUACUAAUGAUUUAUAAAAAAAAAAAAAAACUGUUAUGAUUUGUUUGUUUCGUUGGCCUGCGACAACAACCACAUAAUAUGAUAUUAUAAGAAAAGUAUACUGAACCAUAGAUAAAUUAAUCGAUUAGGUAGGUACGCAAUUAUUGUUGAUUGUUAUUAUUAUUAUAAUUGUUAUUAGAAUGUGUUAGGCGGUUUUCCGUAGGGGUCGUCGUAUAGCUUACGUUUAAUGUUGAAUACGCUGGCAGAUUUAAUAAGUGGACCAAAAGUGGAUAAAAGUUUAUGUGUCUGUUUGUUAUUCGCUGAAACGAAUACGUUUUUCACCGGGAAAAACGCGUGGGGUGAAAAACCGCGUUUCUAAUGAGUUAUAUGGUUUUAUAGUUUUCAUUUUCGUAUACCUAUUUUCGAACAGCUAUCGGAGUAUUUUACGGACGUCUUGGAUAUUAGACGAAAUUAUUUAUUUUUUUAAAACAUCUUUCAGUCCCGCCCUCCGUUCAACAGGCUGUUUCCGCGGUAUGAAUAAUAUCUGGUACGUCGUCGCACACGAGCAAUAAUAAUAAUAAUAAUUAUCAUUAUUAUUAUAUUCAUAAACAAAAUAUCCUAUUCUAGAGUUCAGCCCGUCGCAGUAGUUCGUCUUGUCGAGUUAAGACUGAGUCAAUAAUACAACAAUAUACGAACUAAUGAGCACGACAAAUAAUAUAUAAGUCUUAUUACAAACAUCCAUCCGGCGCUCGUGCAUUUUCCUCUGAUUAUUAUUAUUUUUAGCCAUGCCUACCUCUUCGUCCCUUCGAAAACUUGUGUGCAAAAAUUAGAGGACUUGCGUAAGUGAGUGAUGUACGGUUUUUUUUUUUUUUUUUUGUUUUCGAACAGGGUAUAUUAUGAUAUUCUCGGGACGGCUCAAUAGCCAUUCGUUAUACACGAAUCGUAUAAAUUAAUAUGAUACAUUAAAUUAUGAUAGGAUAACUUCGGGGGGGAGGGGCUCCCCGUACACGUAAAUCAGUAAACGCACUUUUAUUCCAUGUAGGUGUACAUAUUAUUAUAUUAUAGAAUAUAUAUAUAUAUAAGGACUAAACGCGAGUAAGAAUCUUUUUAUUAUCGAAGGUAGUGGACUUUCGCAUUUUGUUUGUUUUCGUUUCGUUACAUAAUCAUAUUAUUAUUAUCAAUAAACUUGUCCCCCGACACAUGCCACAAUAUUAUUCAGCUUGACGGAAAAA